ACAAUGCACUACAGUGUAUUCAAACUCUGAUGAUAAACUAAACAUUCAUACAUUCUAUUCAGUAAUAGAAUCAUUCUGCUUCCUCUAUGUAUUUACAAUGGUCAUCUUUCGCGUCCAGAUAAUUUGUCUUCUACUUUCAGUGGCCAAUUAUCAAAGAUCCCAAGCCAAUCCGACAACUAACUUAUGGAAAUUAUCUGAAUGGCCAGAUUUGAAGGGGAAAGAUGCUUUCCAAUCAUUGGAUGAAAAGAAUGGCAAAGAUGCUGUGCAUCAUUGGCAAUGUCAACCCGGGUCAGACUACAUCCAGCAACAAAUUUCACUGACAAGAAAACUGCUGAGCGACGGCGAAAAAGUAAUGCAUAAGCAACAGGAUUUGUUGAACGAAGAAACUAUUCUAGUUGUCGGCAAGGCGGGCAGUGGCAAAACUAGCUUGGUCCAGUUCUUGACUGAGAACCCGAAACUCCAGUCAAAACCGGUGCGAGCAGAGACCGGCGAGUUCAUUAUUGAGGAUGGAGAAAAGAUUGGAACGUCGGUGACUGAAUCUUUCACUCUCUAUCCUGAACUUGUCAGCUACAACGGAUCCUUCACGUUCUGCGAUUCGCCCGGGUUCCACGACUCAAGGAGUUCUGCGCAUGAAGUAGUUUCCAUGAACAUCAUGAAGACAACCACCAACCGAUUCAAGAAUCUCAGGAUUCUUCUGCUUGAAAACUACAGCUCUCUACAGUACGGUCUCUACAAGGACAACUUUGUCAACACUCUGCGCCAUUUGGUUGACUUGCUGGUCGACAUUGAUAAAUACAAAGAUCAUAUUGUGCUUGUCGCAACUAAAAUACCCCUCACCUACGUCAUAAAAGAUGAAGGAGACAGCAAUGUUCAAACAGUGACUGAAGAGAUGCACAUUGGAAGCAUUGUGGAGUAUUUGAACCACACCGAAACAUCUAUAGCCGAGAAAGUAGCGCAGGAAACCAGCUUACCCGAGAAAGAAUUCUAUCAGAAGGUGAUUAAAAUUCUCCAAAGUCUUCAAGCCAGAGAUGAGAAUGGGAAAGCUAGCAGAAUCAAUGUCUUCCGUCGACCAUAUAAGUCUGGGUCUCUUGAAAACAUGCCAUUAAUGAAAAAUAACAAGGAAUCACUCAUGAAAACUAUAAUGAAUUUGGAUGUUGUAGAGGUUGGGAAGAGUGACUUUGACUUUACACUGUCAGACAAGGCCCAAUUGUACUUGGAAUGCCUUUUAAAAUUAAUGAGUGAUAAUUACCAAAAUAAGAUCAAUGAAAUGUCUUUCAAAGUUAAUGAAUUUGUGAAUAUAAAAACACAGAACUACAGAAGUUUUCAUCAAGUAUUGUCAGACUUGGAAUCAUUAUAUGGUGCUUUAAAGCAUUUAUCAGUAAAUCUUGAUGAGACCAAAAACUACAAUGAAUUUUUCGAAAAGGUCAACAGUUUUAGCUCUGAUCAGAAAAUAUUUCCACAAAUCAAUUACAAUGAACAAAUGCAUGUUGUUAAAAAGUAUGAGGAAAUGCUGCUGAAAUUCCUCGACACAAAUGUAGUAUUUGCACCGGCAUCAUGGACUCUUCCCAUUAGGCAAGUGAUCAAGUCCACAGAGGAUGAACUGCAGUGGUACAGGUCUCUCAACAAAUUUAUCAAUGGACUAGCAAGUUUUAAGGUGCAGAAAAACAAGACAGAAAUCUUCUCAAAAAUCUUUCUUGAAAGCUCCAUCUCAACAAAUGAACUAAUGAGUCUGUUCGGGGACAUUACUGGGAAUACAAAUUUGAAGCAAUUCAUUGAUGCACAAGGUGACAAUAGAAAAAGGAUAGAGCUGGAAAGUAUCACAAAAACCUUACUGAAACAGAGUAAUAUCACUUGUGAUGCAAAUGGUAGACUUGUGGUGAAAGGCUUCCAAAUUUGUAUCUCAGAAGUGAAUUUGGAAGAUUUGGCACGUGAACACUGUGACAACGUCACUGUCAAAGAAGUGGCUCUCCUAGCUGUUGAUACAGUGUUCCUAGAUGAGGACACCGUUGAUAGUUUGAGGGAAGUGAACAUGUUUAUAGCGGCACCAAAGUGGGAAGUGGUAGGGGAGAGGAGGAGAAUAGUUUUGACUGGAAAGCCAGGACCUGAUGUGCCUCAGGACACUCCUUAUGCAGAUAAUGGCAAGGAUGGGAGGCCGGGUCUGCCUGGGGGCAAUGGGCGCAGUUUUUUCGGAAUCGGUUUGCAGUUUGCAAAUGGCAAAAGUCUGCGCAUUGAGUCCAAUGGAGGCAGAGGGGGAUCUGGAGCACAAGGAGCAAAAGGUGACCGAGGUUCAGAUGGGAGAGACGCAUCCGAAAAAAUGAGCCUGGGAACCUAUAGCCACAUUUACAGAAUGGAUAAAGGAUUCAAAACAUCGCGUUUAGCAAACUUGUUCUUAGCUGUACAAGAAGGAAAGUAUGAGGAAAAACGAUGUGAUAUUGCCCAUGGAAACAUCUACGCAGAAGUUGGAGUUGUUAUCGAGGAUGGUGACUGUGGCGAAAGAGGGGCUGCAGGAGGAUUAGGUGGAGGGGGUGGACUGGGGGGUCUGGCCGGAGAUCAACAGCUGAUUGAGCUGGGUGCUCCUUCUGAAAUCGAAAUGCAAAGACAAACUGGCGAUACUGGUGCAAAUGGCAUGAUGGGAGAAACUGGAGAUCGAGGCACGGAUGGCAUUGGAAUGAUCUGCAUCCAAGUCCAACGGGAACGCUAUGAUGAUGCAUCCUUCUGGAGUUGCGGAUUAACAUAUGCAACAUCACCCGUUUGUAAAACUUGUAUGGAUGAUGCAACACAACUGGAUAGGUUGGGACCAAAAUAUACAACAGGCAUUGAACAACCAGCACCCAAAAAGUCACCCGAUUUCGGUUACUAUCUACUCGACUACUCAGUUCUCCUGGAAACACACUCCGACCACACCAUCUUUAAGGAGACAAUUACUGCUUUCCAAACAGCCUUUAAGAGGACAUUUUCAUACAACUUGAACGACUUGGGAUCGCUGUUUUUCAAAGCACGAUUCCAAAACACAUUCUCCUACGGAUUGAAUGACUUGGGAUUAUUGUUCUUUAAAGGCGACGUCAAAAAACCAUCUCAAUCAAUCUGAUUUGCGAAAAAUUCGUACUAGAUGAUUUUCAAAAUAUUGUAUCAACACAUUACUAAAAUCACUUCACUUAUAUGAGCUACUUUAUUCAAAUUAAUAAAAACAAUAUAAAACUUUGUUUUUAUAAUGUUAGUUUUGUAAUAAAAUGUUUUAUAAUUUUAGUUUUUGAAAUGUUUUUAAUAAAAGGGUACUACAAGUUUUAUAUCAAUUUCAACGCAUUACUUUAUGAUACAAAUAUAACAAAGAUUGACAUGA